ACCACAGCCAACAACAGGCAAUCUAUCAAAACUGUUAUCGAUGGACAAGGAGGUGAUAAACUUGUUCCGAGAACAGAUUAAACCACUCUGUUCCGAGUUGGCCUCCCUCUUGCAACAAAUAUCAUAUCCUCUAUCGGUAUCAAUCACUAAAAGUCUAAUUAAUAAUAUUACAAAAUUAAAAGAAUUAAUUGAUAAUAGUACAAAUGAUAUGGAUGUAUUUUUGGAUUAUAUUACAUUUCCACUUUUAUUAAUAUUGGAAAAGGAUUAUAUUUUUAGAAGAAAGCAAUAUACCGCAAAUGGAAUACCUGUAAGAAUUUUGGAAAAUACUUUGGAUUGUCUUGCUAGCUGUUUUGAGAAGGUGAAUAGUAUGGAUCAAUUGGAGAAAUUCAUAGCACUCUAUCAGUCACUUUUCAUAAUACAUGUUACUUAUCCAGAUGAUGUCAACACAAGUGGAAGUACAGAGCUUUUCACUUCUACGUCAGUUGGUUCUGGAGAAGAAUUGAAAACAUCAAUUAUCAAUUCUUUCAGGAAACUUAUCAAUUCAAAGUGGAACCAUUAUUCUUCACAAAAUGGAUCACUUUUCACAUUACACACGACAAGUUUAUUUGUUAGUAAGAUUUUGGAUGUCACAACAAAGGAGAGAAAUAGAGAAUUGGUGGAACUUUCAGUGAGAACAAUUUGUGAUCUAUUGCAGGUAACAAAGAUUGCAAUUUCACAUAAGGAUCCAUCAGAAUUCUCAAAUAUUAUUGAUGGAAUUUUCCCUGGACUGAUCAGUCAAGUUUGUAAAUUGAUCAUUCAACCACCAUAUAUUUCUACAAAGGUUCAGUGUGCUGCUUUUGAGCUAUUUUCAUUAAUAACAUGUAUGAACUGUGCAGAUUCUAUUAACAUUGCACCAAAUAGCACAGAAAUUGGAAAUAUUAUGGAAGGAGGAUCUGUAACCAUUGAGACUUUAUCUAAUGCUGUUUUUUCGAUUGACGAAAAGAAUAAGAAUAAUGGAAAAUUUGAAAAGUUUGAACCAUUUCUAAAGAAGGUGUUUAGCAUGGAGGUUUAUUCACUGUAUGGAUCUAGCGUUUCUAUUGAUGAUGUGACAGAAAUUCAGCAAUGUAUAUUGGACAAGUGCUCAAUAAUUCUCGCUGAGUGCAAUCAAACUCUCAAUAGUUGCUCUUCUUGCUUGGUUGAGUGCCUUUUGGCUGGUGGAAGGAAAAUUGAGCUUGCAGAAUUUUCAAACGAUUCUCAAGACAGUUUCAUACAACUCGUCAAGUCCAUCCCUAAUAUCUGUAAAACUACUACCAAUGAAAGGCAGAAAGUAAGCACCUAUAAUUUAUUCCACAACUAUUUGGAUUUUAUAUUGCAAACAGAGAAUGGUAUCGAGUUUGUCUUUUCAGAGCAAAUAAUGCACGAGCUUUUACUUUCCCUAAUGAUUUCUCUCCAAAUGGAUCGAUACAAUCCAAUUACAGAGGAAAAUGAAUACCCUAAGAAAUCAUUCCAACAUUUUGUUGAUGACAGAAUGAUUCAAGUUGUCUAUAAUAUUUGUAAAUUAAUUGGAAAACAGCUUGGAGAGAAAUCAACAACUUACAUUGACUAUUUAUUGAACUUGUCUGUCACAGCAAAAUCAGCAGAACAUUCCUAUAAGAAUGAAGCAAUUUUAAUUGUGAAUUGUAUCUUGGAAGGCAUACUGCAACGAGAUACCACAACUGAAGAGAGCAAACUAAAAAGUUGCAUCAAUUCUCUCGUUGAUAAUAUCAGUGAGAGACUAAAUGAAAACUCAUCAGAAUCAGUAGAAACCAACUGCUUACUAUUGGAAACUAUUAGUAUUGUUUGUAGAUUUAUUGAGAGAAAGGAAGAGGAAAGAGACAUGUUCUUGCUUAAAAUAUUAUAUCCAAUACUGAAUCAAUUGGGAUAUUCAUCCAUUCAUAUUACGCAGAGCUGUUUCAAGACUAUUGCUAAUAUUUCCUUCUUCUUUUAUCCAAAUAACAACUUUACACCAAGAGAGAAUGUUAUGAAUAUCUUGGUUUCAAAUUUUGAUUACAUGAUUGAUGAUAUCAGAUACAGACUCAAAUAUUUAUCUGUCUAUCCUCACAUACCACGUGUUUUGAAUACCCUAUUCGAAUUCAAUGUGAUGGGUAAAAGAUUUGAAGAGAAAUCGAAUGCCACGCAAUAUAUCAAUACUGUGACCAUAGUGGAAGAUUGCAUUCAAAGUGUUUUCAAUGCUAUCGAUCAGCAGACCUUUGAAAAAUCAUAUUCCAAAUCUGCCUUCUCAACUCUCUUCUCUGUUCUUGGUAAUAUUAUCAAAACUAUUAAUAUUCUGAAAAUAGAAAGAGAAAAAUUGGAUAUUAGUGGCAAAAAGGAACUCUCAGAAAAGGAAAUUGAAACCGUGAAAUCUAUUUUACAAAAACUUCAACAUUUUAUGAACAGUUCACAAAAUACAUUGAUUACCUCCGUUUCAUUCUUGUCAAUCAUAGAGAAUGCCAUUAAUAUGUUCCAAAACAGUAAUAUUAGAGAUUUUGAUGAUAGUACCACUGGAAAUAAGAUUCUACCAAGUCUACAUAUUUUGUGGCCAAUGCUGAUGACUCAUCUUGUUCAAAAGAGAACUGCCAUUCCUCUAAAACAAAGAACCAUUGAAUUGUUGAAGGUAAUGGCAGUUAAAUUUGAUGAUUUCCUAUUUGGAAGACUCAUGUCUGAUUUAACACCAUACCUGAUACGUACACUGAAAGAACUCCAUUCACAAUUCGUAACAAAAUACAAGAGGGAACCAAGCAAGUUAGAUUACUUUAGAACAGAGGCAGAAUUCAAGUAUUUGAAAUCAAUUUUACAAUUCUACUUUACUGUUCUCGAUACAUCAGACUACUUUAAGGAACAUGUUAAACAAGCAGAACUUCAAUCUGUCUCUGAAACGUUGAAAUCAUUGUACCUUUCUGAGGAUAUCCCAAGUGAUUUCUUAUCACUCAGUGAGAGGAUUGUUUACAUGUUAUCUUUGGAGCCACUUGAAAGGCCAGAACCAGAAGUGCAACCUGAAGAUAAUGAGGUAUUGAUUGAGGAUGCUAAAUAUGACUCGAAGGAUGAUGUGGAAUGAAAUAAUAAUUGGUUGACAAAUAAAUCCAAUCAUGGACCAGUUUAUUCC